AGGAGUUGUGGAGUUUUAGUGGGGUUUGUUUAUUUGAAAUCGCUCACUUGCCAAAUUGUUGAGACCAGGAAAGUGAUUCCCCUUAAGCUGGUGCUAAACCAAUAUGAGACUUCAAUCUCCCUCAAGGUCGCUUCUUUCUGUGAUGGCUCCCUCAGUACCUCCUGGCUCUGGUGUACUGAGAGAGGAACAUUGAGCUCAAAACCAACAGAAUCUUAACAUACUCAGAGACGCAUUCAAACAUGGCCAGAGAAUCAGCUGUCCAGAGACAGGAAAUGGCAACUAAAGGUUUUGUUUAAGUUCAAGUCGACGCUUCACUUCUUAUCCCUGUUUGUUUGUCGGUGGCUACAAAGCUUGAAGGGAGGGGAUACAAACGGAUGCAUCUUUACUACACCUCCCGAGAACUCUCCUGACCUGGAAAUUAUUUUGUGAUUUUUAAAAAAAACAGCACUAGCAAACUCUAGAGGCCACCUGAAGCAAGACUGCACGUGCUCCCAGUUUCAGGAAGCUUAUGAGGGCGAGAGAGUAUCAGGAGUGCACUGAACUGCAGCACCCCAGACUGAAUCCCAUCAGAAAGUCACACACAUCCACCAAUGCAGACUGGACAUGCUCAUUGAAAGCUUGGCUUUGGAUUAAGUGCAUUCCGUUGCCGUGCGUACUCCAAGAACAGACAUUAAGCAGUGAAUAAACCACACUGGCAGUUGUCUGCGGUAGACCCGCAGGAAAAAAGACCAGGGAUUUACUAAAUAUUAUUUUUUGCAAUUUGGCAUCUUUUAUGUCUAAUUAUCCCAGCUGCUGCUAGUGUGAAGUUUCUUGCUGCGUUUGGAUGAGUGAAUGCAAAAGAGACAGCUUUUGGCUUGAUCAAGAGCAUGGGCUGAAGAGUUGAGAAAUUAACUGUUGCAGAUCGUGGUAUUAAUUUUCUAAAGAACAAUUGUUGGCAUAUUUUAAAAGUGUACUGUUGUUAUGGGUGGUACCACCCAUUUUGUCUCCAGGGAUAUGUGAAGACGCAAAGGUGUGGAACUUUUUUUGGUUGGCUCGAAGGUACACGUUGCACAGGGCUUUUAAAACGUCUGUCACUCUCCCCUCCCCCAAUCAUGGCGGAGCAUACUGAGCUCCUGGCCGAGCUGCCACUGGUCGGGCGAAUGACGACGCAUGAGAGAUUGAAGCACGCGCAGAAACGACGAGGGCAACAGCUGAAAAAGUGGGCGCAGUUUGAGAAGGACGCACGUGGUAAAAAGGCCAAGGCAAGCCAGAGGAAGAGCAGCAGGCAGCAACGCAGGAUACAGUUCCCUGAAAACAUCCAGCUCUUGGAGGCUGCGUCUCGCAAUGAUGUAGAAGAAGUUCAGCAAUUGUUAAAGAAUGGAAUAGCCCCGGACUUGUACAAUGAGGACGGUUUGACUGCACUGCAUCAGUGCUGUAUUGAUGACUACAAGGAGAUUGUGAAGCUGCUUCUGGCAGAAGGAGCGGACGUGAAUGCAUGUGACAGUGAACUGUGGACACCACUACAUGCUGCCUCCACCUGUGGACACUUACACCUGGUGGAAGAGCUGAUCAAACAGGGUGCAAACCUGCUAGCAGUGAACGCUGAUGGAAACAUGCCCUAUGACCUAUGCGAGGAUGAUGUCACCCUCGACUACAUCGAGAACGCGAUGGCAGAACAAGGCAUCACCCAGGAAAAAAUUGACAACUCGCGUGAGGCCACAGAAAGAUGGAUGAUUGAGGACGUCAGAAAGCUGGUGGAGUCGGGAGCUGAUAUAAACGGCCAGGACGGCCAGGGCAUGUCAUUGCUUCACAUCACUGCAGCAAACGGCUACAUCGAGGCUGCGGAGCUGCUCCUCACACACAGAGCCCGUGUGGAUCUUAAGGACUGUGACGGCUGGGAACCACUGCAUGCUGCGGCCUGUUGGGGGCAGGUUAUCAUGGUGGAGUUGCUGGUGGGGAAUGGAGCCAGUCUAAAUGCCAAGUCCUUCCUCGAUGAGACUCCAUUAGAUGUGUGCGGGGACGAGGAGGUACGGGCCAAGAUGCUGGACCUGAAACACAAACACGAUGCUAUCGUCAAACUGCACGACAAGCACAAGACAGCUCUGCAGCGGCGCACAUCUAGCACAGGGAGCAGAGGGAAGGUGGUGCGGAGGGUCAGCGUGAAUGAACGGAAUAACAUGUACCGGAAAGAGCAGGAGAAGGAGGCCAUUGUAUGGCAGCAGGCCGGCAACAGGGAGAGCGAUCCGGAGCUCCAGGAUGAGGAGGACGAGGACAGGCAGACGGACUCUGAGCUUCAACAGUAUGGAGUGAAAGCAUUACCUGAAGCUGGUGAACCACAGGAGCAGAAAGCAGACAGCGCCAUGUGUGGUAAUGGCUCUGCUCUCCCAGCAUCACGACUGGACAGGAGCGCGUCCUACCAAAGGGCCACCAGGGAGGAGCCAGCCUCAGACCUGAACAAGGAGAAGUGCCACCACACACUGGCCGACCUGAAGCGGCAGCGGGCCGCGGCCAAGCUGCACAACAAGCACCCCAGCGGGGAGGAGUAUCCGGUCAGCUCCAGCCAGGAGUACCCGGUCAACUCCGACCCGGUCGACGGGCCUUCACAACCAGAGGGUGGCCUGACCGACACGACCGGGGACACCCCUGAGCCCAACUCGGUGUACUUCACUAGUGCCAGUGGAGACCCUCCACUCAUCAAAUUCAAGGCCCCUGUGGAGGAGGCCCCGAGUGAGAAGUCUCGGCGCUGCUGCAGACUGAUGUGAGUCAGGAGCAGACACUGUGCCCCUCAGCACGGGACACUGUCUGUCCUCGGCUCGUGAUUUUAUUUUCUGCUUCGUACUUGGGAGCAAGGAACAUUCCAGUCUUAGGCAGGAAACGGUGCCUUGUUUGAACUCUGUCGAAGAUGAGCUCCCUCCCCACCACCCACCUCCCAAACACUAACUGCCUGGAAGCAAGGUGUGGGCGCUUGAAACGUUACACUCCGAUGGAUUGCUAGACCAAUCAGUCACUGCACAGAUCAAACCGUCACUCUGAACAGACGCACAGCACUCCAUUUUAAGUUGCAGACCUCAGGGAGCCACCACAAGGGGCACUGUUCACUCACGAUUUAUUCUACCUAGUUGCCCAUGUCACCCUCAGGCACACAGACAGUGCUGACAGCUUGAAGAUGGCUUAGUAAAAGUGCACAGCCACGUCUUGUCAUCCAGUCUGUUGGUCAUUCCUUUCUUGGAACGAAAGGUUUCCAAACAGGACGUGUUUCUCCUGCAUGGGGAUGGAAUAGGGCCGAGCAGUCAAGUUACUGAGAAACCUGUGCUGUGUCUGUCCUGGGAAUGCUGGACAGACAGUGUGGAGGGAGCUUUCCUCUGUCUCAGCUGUGUGGGACAUGACAGAGAGUGAUGACCUUGGUCACUGGAUAUGAGCUUGGUUCCUGCCUACACCAGCUUGGGGAGAGCAACCUUUUCUCUCCUCCCCCCCCCCCCCCCCCCCCUCUCUCUUUCAAUCUCUAUCUCUGCAAGUUAUGGACUCCCUGAGUAAGAUGAGCUCCCAGUGCGAAACAGUCUGUCAGGGACAUGUUUGCAUUUUGUAAAAUGUCACUGUACAAAUGUUGAUCCAAGUUUGGAAUUAGGUGCAUUAUUGAGGCAAUGUGACGGCUCUGUCUUGCCCCAGGCUACAACUGACCUGGAAGUGCUGGACAGACAGUGUAGAGGGAGCUUUACUCUCUCUAACCUGUGCUCUGGCUGUCCUGGGAGUGCUGGACUGACAGGAAGCUUUCCUCUUGUCUCAGCUGUGUGGGACCUGACUGGGAGAAGUGAUGACAUUCACUGUAAAUGAAUGGAAAGGUAUCCAUUACCUACAAUAGACGUCCUUUACUUUGAUGAGCACAAUGUUUUUUGUCUAAAUAUUUUCUAAAAUAGAAAAAUAAAUAUAAUAUAUGCUGAUACAGAAUGCAAGAUGUGAAAAUGUUUGACGUGUACAU